CAAUCACAUACAUUUGUACCACCACCCAGUCGCUCGUUUUUCGGCCGCUUGACUGCGGCCAAGCACUACCGCAACCACGUCGAAAUCAAAGCAUUACGCCCGCAACUCGUUGCUCGGUGGGGACACGGUCUAUCAACCACUCUCCGGCAACUCGUCCUUUUCCUCUCAGCGACCGCCCAUCUACAAUCCCCCCGUCAACGCCGCAGCGUACGAAGCAGGCGGCUACCAUGAUCGUGAGGGCCUCGCGACAACACACUUGACAUCCAACGGACGCUCACGAAGGGGGAGGAUGUAUCUGCCCAGCACAAAAUGGACGUGGGCGUUCAUGCUCACGGUAGCCAUACAGGCCCUGGCAUGUAUCGCAGUACAAGCAUACGUGUUUGGAGAGUUCUUGAGUAGUCUGGAAGGCAGUCCAGCUGAGAAGAAUGGAGGAAGGACUUCGACCGCGACCACAAUUCCCACAUACCUCGCGCUGUUUAUCUUCGGAUUCAUGUACCAGCUGGUGUUGGCAUGGGAUGCGCUGCGGCUGAAGAACACGAUUCAGGUCAUCGGACUGUGCAUCUACAACCUGGGCAUGCUCAUCUAUUCUUCCCUCCAGACCAGUCAAGUCUACGACGCGAUCCGGCAGCUUGUCUCGGAAGGAAGAAUCGAGUCGGAUGAAGAGGAGAAUACAUACACCCAACUGCGACCAUUCCUGAUCGCAGCACCAUGCAUCAUUGCGUUGGGUACGGUGGUACUCUCGUUCAUCGCAUGGAAGCUAUAUCACGAAUUUGCCUGGACGAUAUACAAGCACAUCUCCGCCGAUCUGCGAUUGAAGAGGCGCUAUUUGACAUAUCAGAUCUACAUCGCCCUCCUCAAAUUCGACUUCUUCUUCUUCCUCGGCUUCACCGUCCAAUUCGUCGUCGUUGUCGUCUCCGCCCGCGACGCCGAAUUCUAUUUGACCAUCGCCGCCAUCCCCGUCACCAUCAUCCUGCUCUUCCUCGCGGCCUACAUUACCCGGAAGGAAUCCUACUACGGCCAAUUCUUCAUCAUCGUCAUCUACUUCACCGCCAUGGCCUACUUCGUCUUCAAGCUGGUCCGGAUGUACACGCCUCCGAGAGAAAAGGACUACCUCGCGGCGCGGAGCUCGCUGACGACAUUCGCGGUGUUGACCCUGCUGCUGGUCAUUGUCACGAUCGCGGCGGCGAUCAUGGUCAUGAUCAAUUUCAACAAGGGAUUGAAACCGCACAUUCAGAAGAGGAAAUUGCCGAAUGCGAAUGAAUUGCCGGAGGUCAAUGGCAAGUGGCAGACCAGCGACUUCAAUGGUCCGCCGCAUCCGCUUGGACAGGUGCCGCAGCGCAUGACGAUUGAUUGA